AUGAGCGGGGAAAAUAGUGGUGAGGAUGUUCUUGGAGAAAUGAGAGAAGAAGGUGGAGUUCCCACGAUGGGCCGUCAUCAACGAAGCGAGUCAUUCAUGAGUGACGGCUCCGAAAGUACAACCGAUAUUUCGGAACAUGAAACAGAUUUUGCCAAACAACUGAAGCGGCAAAGACGACAAGUGUUGGAUCCAAAUGCAAAGAAGGAAAAGCAAGACUUCUCGGCGAUGCUUCAAACCCAUAGAAAGGAGCUAAAAAGUGAAUGGGGGGAUGAAGAAUCAGAAUCAGCAGUGCCAGAGGAGGUUCAAAGUGGAGGGAUAAAUGAAACAUUUGAGUCACAAGGGGAUAUGUUUGGUGACUUUAGUGGAUUUUCUGAUGCAUCAGCAACAGUAUCACAGGCAGGUGAUGCUCCAGAAUCUGAUGUAGGAGGGCCGACUGAUGAAGAUUUUGGUGAUUUUGAAACAUCUGCCCUUGCACCUACAGAUGAUGUUCCAAAUGAGAGCGAUGAUGCUGACUUUGGCGAUUUCGAAGAACCGGAGCAGCCUACAGAUGAUGUUCCAAAUGAGAGCAUUGAUGCUGACUUUGGUGAUUUCGAAAAGUCUGCCCCGGCGCCUACAGGUACAAACGAUGCUACAAAUGACAGCAACGAUGCCGAUUUUAGUGAUGUUGAAACAUCUGCCCCCGCGGCAACAGAGGAUAUUCCAAAUAACAGCAAUGAUGCUGACUUCGGUGCUUUCGAAAUGUCUGAUCCGUUGCCAGCAGACGAUGAUCCAAAUAAGAACAAUGGUGCAGACUUUGGUGAAUUUGAGACAUCUGCUCCUGCACCUUCACAUGAUGCCUCAAAUGACUGCGAGGAUGGCGACUUUGGUGAUUUCGAAACGCCUGCUACUACGCCUGUAGAUAGUGUUCCAAAUGAAAGCAAGGAUGCUGAUUUUGGUGAUUUUGAAGCAUCUGCCCCCACACCUUCAAAUGAUGUUCCAAAUGACAGCACUGAUCAUGCUGACUUUGGUGAUUUCGAAAAGUCUGCCGCUGCGGUUACAGAUACAAAUGAUAGCGAUGAUGCCGACUUUGGUGAUUUCGAAACUUCUGCAUCUGCAACUACAGAUGAUAUUCCAAAUGAGAGCAACAAUGAAACAUCUGUUCCCGUUUCAGAUUUUGGUUGUUUUGGAGCAGCAGCUUCAGCCAUAUCGAAUGCAGAUGAGGAUGUAAAAGACAGCUCAGAUUUUGGCAAAUUUGAAACCACACUUUCCCUUAAGGAUGAAAACGAAGCUCAGAACAACAAUACCGCUGCAGAUUUUGGUGACAUCGAAACCUCUGCGACACUGUCAGCAGGCGAUCAUCAGAAUGGUAGCAAUGGUGCAGACUUUGGUGUCAUCGAAACCUCCGACCCUGUCUCGAAUGUGGAUGUUGAUGGCGACCAGGAAAGGAAAGAUGACGAAAGUGGAGAACCAAUUGCCGCUGCCAUUGUCGAAGCAGAAGAUCAAGAAGAGGCAGAACAAGAAAUGGAGAAAAUAGAAGAUUCAUCACAGGAUCUUAUCAACCCCCACUUUGAAAAGUCGUCUGAACCGCUUUCUAGCACCGGUGCUGCUGAAGAUUCAUCGAUUCCUGAAGAAACUGAGUGUGGCACGUUUGACCAGGCACCAGUUGACGCUGACAAAGAUGAUACGAAGAAACUCAGUGUAGCGGAUGAGCUGGCGGCAUUGAAAAAUCGUAGCUUGACAAAGAACUUUACCGAGAAACUCAGGGAUGCAGGUGGUCUCUCUACCCCAGAGCAAGAGGAAGCCAGCCUUCAAAAGACCAGCCAUACAAAUCGGGCGCCAGUUUACAAGAAGGAAGCGACGGAAAGUUUGAAGGUCGGCACCACGGCUAUGGACCAAGACUUGGCUUUCAAGCAAAAGCAAACUGCCCAAAAGAAAAUAGACAUGCAAAAGAAAGAGGAAGCUGUACAGAACCUUAAGAGUUUCAAGACUGCCAUGGUUGCGACUAAUCCAAUUAUUCCUGAUACAUCCUUUGAUUCACCCGAUAGCACCUCGGAUCCACAAGAGAAGGAAGCAAAAGUAGAUGACGAAUUCUCAAUGUUUAAAGAAGCCACAACUGAAAUGACCGAAGGAGUGGUGAAAGAUGGCGUGAAAGAUGGCACGCAUGAAGUUGACGAUAAUUCCCAGGGCUCCGGCUCUGCAGCCCGACCCGAACCAACGCAAGAUGCCCAACAACACGAUGGAGAGCAAAACAGUGACUUCAAUGCCUUUGAAGAAGCUCCAGCUGCUACGAAUGAGACCAUGGCGAGUGGAGAAUUAGACAAAUUUAGAGACUUAUCGACGCCGGCUAAAAGUGAAGAAAGCACGGAAGAUGAUUCUGGUGGUUCGUCGCAACGUGUAGAUUCUCAGGCUGGAGAUAAUGGGCAAAGUUCUUCUCCAGUCGACGGGGUCAGCAAUACAGUGGAGCCAAUGGAGUUCGGAACAUUUGAAAGCACGGCCUCGUCGUCAGGACAUGACUUUGUCAAUGAUGCGGAUGGCCCUAGUGGUCCCACCGCAGAACCAAGGAGCAGCCAAGAUACUGAUGAAUUUGGCGAUUUCGAGAGUACUAGAGCCACACCGGAGGCGGGUGAAUCAGCUGACCAAGCUGCGGGUGGCUCCGGAACCUUCGAUAGUUCUGUUCCAGCAAGAGAAGCAGUUACCAGUCAAGAAGAUGAUUUCGGUACUUUCGAGAGUUCUCCUGCUGCUGCAGAAGCGGGAGAAUCAACUGACGAAGAUGCCGGUGGCUUCGGGAGUCUCGAAAGUACUGGUCCCGCAACGGAACACAAUAGUCAGGAUAUGGACGAAUUCGGAAGUUUCGAAAGCACCGCUCAAGAUGCGGAUGGUUUCGGGAGUUUCGAGAGUACAGGUCCAGGUCCAGGAACAGAAACGGCUGAAGGAGAAAUGGAUGGAUUUGGAAGCUUCGAAAGUACUGGCCCAGCACCAGAACCAGUUGCCAGUCAGGAUGAUGAUGAUUUCGGCAAUUUCGAGAGCUCUGGAGCAGAAGCAGGAGAAACCGGUGAACAAGAGGAAGACGAAUUUGGAGACUUCGAGGACACAAUGCUAGCAGCUGGAGCAGGAGAAGCCGGUGAACAAGAUGUGGACGAAUUUGGAGACUUCGAGGACACUGCCCAAGCAGUUGAAGCACGAGAAACCAGUGAUCAACAGGCGGACGAAUUUGGAGACUUUGAGGACACUACAGCAGCUGGAGCAGGUGAAACCGGUGAACAAGAGGUGGACGAAUUUGGAGGUUUCGAGGACACGACGCCAGCAGCUGAAGCAGGAGAAACCAGUGAUCAACAGGCGGACGAAUUUGGAGACUUCGAGGACACUAAGUCAGCAACAGCACAGGCUACAGGUGAAGAUGCGGAUGGCUUCGGGAGUUUCGAGAGUACAGGACCUGUAGCAGAAGAGCUUAUUGAUCAAAACGACGACGACUUUGGAAAUUUCGAUUCUGCUCCAGCUGCAGCAACACUUCCACCCAAGACAGCUGAUGGUAGCAAUGGAACGAACGGGGGUUCUGACCCUGUGGAUGAUGAGUUUGGAGAUUUCGGAGAUUUUGAUGACGCUCCCGCGCAUCCAAAUGGAACUCAACCUGUUGCUUCCGCUAAAAGCAGUGCAGUCAAUAAUGGGACAAAACCUGCACCAGCAACCUCGUCCAUGCUGAAUGGGGUAUUUGAUUUGGAUAGAGUUAGACCUGUUUUCACAAGUCUCCAAAGCAAGUAUCCGUUUGAUCAGAUUACCGAUGGAGAAAUUGACAGCUCUUUAUUUGUGUCCAACUCAUUGGAAUCAUAUUUGAAAUCCGUCCAAGUUGAAAUGAACGGCAAGGAAAAUGAUUCUUCCAAACUCGUGCUUUCAAAGGACUUCCUUGGAGACGCAGCAGAGGCGAGUGUAUCAAAACUAGUCAUUAAAAACGAUGGACGAGGACCCUACCACAACUUUAUGGCUCCGCUUGGAGGUAUACUUCAAUAUUCCAAAAACAUUGAUGUCGUCUUGCGUGACAAUAAAGCAGCUCCCAUCGUUUACAAAUCGGAGCCAAAUCGGGCACCUUCAACCAGUACCACAAACAAGAGCGCGUCUCAAGCAUCGAAUUCCAAAACGUCCCCUAGUGCUGCUGGAGGACAAAGUAAAACUCCUGCAGCUCCCAUGGCCACUCGAGUUGCAAUCCCUCCAAAAGAAAAAGCUUCCGAACCAAAAUCUGCUGGAGACCUCGCUUCCCGGAUUCCGGACUUGAGUUUCAUGAUGAAAUCCCAUUUGGUGGUUCCCAAAAAGUAA